GAGAAGCCCUCCGCGUGCUCUGCGUACCCAAGCUGCGUAGCCGCCGGGCUCACCGAAGGAGCCUGCUGCCCGUCCGAGGACCUUUACUUGGACUGCUGCCGGACACCAAGCGAGGAGGAGCUGCCUCCGGCGAUCCCUGAAGGCAGUAGCUGUUCAUCUUUCCCGGCCUGCGUGGAGCUCAACCUGACAGAAGGAGCUUGCUGCCCGACGUUUGACAACGUCACCCUGGAGUGUUGCCACAGCGGGCAAUAUGAGCCUAGCGAUGACGAGGAUGACGAUGACUAG